CCCCGGGGCGCGCACGGGAGGCAUGGAGCGCUGCCCCAGUCUGGGGGUCACCCUCUACGCCCUGGUGGUGGUCCUGGGACUGCGGGCAGCACCGGCCGGCGGCCAGCACUAUCUGCACAUCCGCCCGGCGCCCAGCGACAACCUGCCCCUGGUGGACCUCAUCGAACACCCAGACCCUAUCUUUGAUCCUAAGGAGAAGGAUUUGAACGAGACGCUGCUGCGCUCGCUGCUCGGGGGCCACUACGACCCGGGCUUCAUGGCCACUUCGCCCCCCGAGGACCGGCCCGGAGGGGGCGGGGGACCGGCUGGGGGUGCCGAGGACCUGGCGGAGCUGGACCAGCUGCUGCGGCAGAGGCCGUCGGGGGCCAUGCCGAGCGAGAUCAAAGGGCUGGAGUUCUCCGAGGGCUUGGCCCAAGGCAAGAAGCAACGCCUGAGCAAGAAGCUGAGGAGGAAGUUACAGAUGUGGCUGUGGUCACAGACCUUCUGCCCGGUGCUGUACGCCUGGAACGACCUGGGCAGCCGCUUUUGGCCGCGCUACGUGAAGGUGGGCAGCUGCUUCAGCAAGCGCUCGUGCUCUGUGCCCGAGGGCAUGGUGUGUAAGCCGUCCAAGUCUGUGCACCUCACGGUGCUGCGGUGGCGCUGUCAGCGGCGCGGGGGUCAGCGCUGCGGCUGGAUUCCCAUCCAGUACCCCAUCAUUUCCGAGUGUAAGUGUUCCUGCUAGAACUCGGGGGCCCCCUGCCCCACCCAGACACUUGAUGGAUCCCCACCAACGCCUCCACACCGCCUCCAACCAGUUCCACCACCCUCUAGCGAGGGUUUUCAUUGAACUUUUUUUUCUUCUUGGCUACAGAGACCCGGCUUUCUGGUUCAUGUAAUGCACUGUUUAACUGUGUAGGAAUGUAUAUGUGUGUGUAUAUACGGUCCCAGUUUUAAUUUACUUAUUAAAAGGUCAGUAUUAUACGUCAAAAGUUACCGGCUUCUACUGUAUUUAAAAAAGAAAAGCAAGCAAAAGGAAAAAAAAAGAGCAGAGAAAAGACAGACUUAUUCUGGUUGUCGGUAAUAAUGUUAAUCUGCUAUUUAUAUCCCAGUGCCCUUCGCAUGGCGAAGCAGGGGGGGGAAAGUUAUUUUUUCUUAAAAGUACAAAGAGAUGGGGAACUUUUGUAGAAGGACUUUUUAAAAAGCUAUUUUCCAUUCUUCGGAAAGUGUUUUGAUUUUCCUUAGACCUCGAAGAAGCUAUAGAGUUCAAUGUUAUUUUACAGUUAUUGUAAAUAUAGAGGACAAAUGGAAUGACUAAUCAUUGUAAAUUAAGAGUAUCUGCUAUUUAUUCUUUAUAAUAUCCCGUGUAGUAAAUAAGAAAGAAGUACAGAAAAGGAUUAAAGAAAACCAC